CAGUCGUUCGCUCUCGCGUACUCCCGCGCGCACCGUAACCGCCUCCCCCUUCCUCCACGAAGAAAAACACGAAAAGAUUCGAAGCCUUCCGAGCUCCGACGACCGCCGGCCUUCCCGGCGCUGGCAGUGGCUGUUGCGGCGGUUGCUCGGUGAAGAAGAAGAAGAUCGCCGCCGCCUCCGCCGCCGGCCGUCGCUGCUCUCUCGCCCGUCGUCUCCGGCAGAGCGGGCGGGCAGGCAGGCAGGCUGCCGCUUCGAUCGGGGUUCGAUGGCCGCGGCGGCGAUGUCCACGUGCUUGCUGAGCCGGGGGUUGAGCGGGCCGUGCCGGAGGGACUCGAGCUUCCCGCGGACCUUCGCCUCCCCCGCGCCUCGCCGCCGGCUUCUCCCCGCCUCCUGCAAGAUGCGGCAGCGCGGCCUCAGUUCUGGGAGCAGGAGGCCGCAGGUCAAGAAGGCUUCGCCGGAUAGGCCGCCGUCGAUUGUCGUGAAUGGAGAGGGCGAAGAGGACGCUGCUUUGGCGGAGAGCGUGCGUACCGCUGAUCGGGAAAUCGUGGCUGAUGAUUCUGAGGACGAUGAUUCCGAUGGAGUCGUGAUCGAUGUGGAGAACCAGAAUGCUGAUAGAACAGAAGCUUCCGACAGUACGGCGAUGGAGACAAAUUUGGCCAUCAUCAGUGAUACGGGACAGCAGUUGUCUGGUAUUCAAGUUGAGGAUCUGAUGGGCAUGAUAAAGAAUGCAGAAAAGAAUAUUCUACUCCUCAACCAAGCCAGGGUGAGUGCACUUGAGGAUCUCAAUGACACACUAUCUGAGAAGAAAGCAUUGCAAGGAGAAAUUAACAUUUUGGAGAUGAAGUUAGCAGAAACUGAUGCACGAAUAAGAGUUGCUGCCCAGGAAAAGAUGCAUGCAGAAAUUUUGGAAGAUCAGUUAGGGAAGCUGAGGAGUGAAUUGAUACAAAGAAGUGGAACUGAACAAAGUGAGCAGAGUAUCUUUGAGAAUGAGAACAUUCAUUUGAGUGCAGAAAAACCUUUAUCGUACCAAAAUAGCACUCAUUUCCUUAAUGAGGAGCUUAGUUCCCUGAGGGCAGAGAAUGUCUCUCUAAAAAAUGACAUCGAAGCCCUUAAGACAGAGCUUAAUAGUCUUAAGGAUACAGAUGAGCGUGUGAUGGUGCUGGAAAAACAAAGGUUCCAUCUUGAGUCAGCUCUGGAGGAUCUAGAAUCUAAACUUUCAGUUUCUCAGGAAGAUGUUUCCAAACUUUCAUCUUUAAAGUUUGAGUACAAGGACCUAUGGGAAAAGGUGGAAAAUUUGCAACUGUUGCUUGACAAGGCCACCAAACAGGCUGAUCAAGCUAUUGUAGAGUUACAGCAAAACCAGGAACUGCGGAAGAAGGUUGAUAAGUUGGAAGAGACUCUUGAAGAAGCCAAUGUCUACAAGGUGUCAUCAGAAAAAUUGCAGCAAUAUAAUGAACUGAUGCAGCAGAAGAUUAAGCUGUUAGAGGAGCGUCUUCAAAGGUCGGAUGAAGAGAUUCAUUCUUAUGUUCAGUUAUAUCAGGAAUCCGUGAAUGAAUUUCAAGAUACUCUCAAUAGCUUGAAAGAGGAAAGCAGGAAAAGGAUGCUCGAUGAACCAGUGGAUAAUAUGCCACGUGAAUUUUGGAGCCAUUUAUUGUUGAAGAUUGAUGGUUGGUUGCUUGAGAAGAAAUUAUCUGCUGAUGAUGCUAAGCUCUUGAGAGAAAUGGUCUGGAAAAGGGAUAGAGGGAUUUGUGAUGCAUACAUGGCUUGCAAAGACAAAAGUGAACUCGAGGCCUUGGCCACCUUUUUAAGACUCAUAUCAGCCCCUUCGAGCCCAGGAUUGUAUGUCGUUCAUAUAGCUGCAGAGAUGGCACCUGUUGCUAAGGUUGGUGGUUUGGGGGACGUCGUGACUGGUCUUAGCAAGGCACUCCAGAAGAGAGGACACCUUGUGGAGAUUAUUGUUCCCAAAUAUGACUGCAUGCAAUAUGACCGUAUUCUUGACUUGAGGGCCUUAGAUGCUGUUGUAGAAUCUUAUUUUGAUGGCAGACUGUAUAAAAACAAAGUCUGGGUUGGCACGGUCGAUGGCCUUCCCGUUUAUUUUAUUGAGCCUCUUCAUCCUGAUAAGUUCUUCUGGAGAGGACAACUCUAUGGAGAGCCUGAUGAUUUCAAGCGGUUUUCAUUUUUCAGUCGUGCAGCAUUGGAGCUGCUUCUUCAGUCCGGCAAGAAACCUGACAUUAUCCAUUGCCACGAUUGGCAAACAGCUUUUGUUGCACCGCUGUAUUGGGAUUUGUAUGCCCCAAAAGGCUUGAAUUCUGCAAGAAUUUGCUUUACAUGCCACAACUUUGAGUAUCAAGGGACUGCACCUGCUUCAGAAUUGGCAUCAUGUGGUCUUGAUGUUCAAGAACUAAACAGGCCAGAUAGAAUGCAGGACAACUCUGCACAUGAUAGGAUCAAUCCUGUGAAGGGUGCAGUUGUCUUUUCCAAUAUUGUCACGACAGUGUCUCCAACUUAUGCACAGGAGGUCAGAACAGCUGAGGGUGGAAAAGGUCUGCAUUCAACACUGAAUCUCCAUAGUAAAAAGUUUGUUGGAAUUCUCAAUGGCAUUGACACAGAUGAAUGGAAUCCUGCAACUGAUGCUUUCCUUGAAGUUCAGUACAGUUCUAAUGAUCUUCAAGGAAAAGCAGAAAAUAAACGAGCAAUAAGAAGGCAACUAGGGCUCUCUUCUGCGAAUGCCUUGAAACCAAUGGUGGGCUGCGUAACAAGACUGGUACCCCAGAAGGGUGUACAUCUUAUUAGGCAUGCUUUGUACCGAACACUGGAGCUUGGAGGGCAGUUUGUACUACUUGGUUCAAGCCCCGUGCCACAUAUUCAGAGGGAGUUUGACGGUAUUGCAAAUCAAUUUCGAAAUCAUGAUGACAUCCGGCUGAUAUUGAAGUACGACGAGUCUCUUUCCCAUCACAUUUUCGCAGCAUCUGAUAUGUUAAUCAUUCCAUCAAUCUUUGAGCCUUGUGGUCUCACCCAGAUGAUAGCAAUGAGAUAUGGAUCAAUACCCAUUGCAAGAAAGACAGGUGGACUAAAUGACAGUGUUUUUGAUGUAGACGAUGAAACAAUUCCUUUCCAGUUUCGAAAUGGAUAUACAUUCUUGAAUGCCGAUGAACAGGGAUUGAACAAUGCUUUGGAACGGGCAUUUAGCCACUACAACAAUGACCCGCAAAGCUGGCAGCAGCUAGUUCACAAGGUCAUGAACAUUGAGUUUGGUUGGGAUCCUUCAGCGUCACAGUACGAGGAACUCUACUCAAAAUCUGUGGCAAGAGCAAGGGCAGCACGGCUAAAUUAAGAUUGCUCGACGAUGGUUUGUGAUGGAACAAUUGCUUGUUCUGUCAACCAUGGGAUUCCUUGAUGCAUGGUGCUCUACACGUCAAGUGCAGGAUGAAUUUCAGUUAAUAGGUGGGCAUUCAGAGAGACCUAGAUAGCAGUCUUGCACAGAGCCCAAUGGAUAGUUCAUCCUCGAUGUUGUCAUUUGGGGAGCUCUUCUUUGUGCCUAUAAUGUUCUCUCAUCAUUUUUGAUAAAAUAGCGGCAUUCGUUGGUAUAUACUUGCAGCACAUUGUAGCCUAUUCGAAUAAGGUUCAUAUGCAUUAAAUUAUUCUUUCACUCACUAUACAGCAGUGCAACCGAUGCCUGUGCCACUUCUUUUAAGCUUUGAGACUGGCCCAGAAGAGAUGAUUGUAUAGUAAUCAACAGUUGUAUACAUAUUUAACUGUAUAAAGUGUCGUGACAUUUCAGAUA